GCUAAAGGUGGGUCAAAUUUCAAAGUGUAGAAACAAUGGGUUCACUAGAGAAAAAUGUGGACUUACAAUAGGUACACUAAAAAGAGUGUAGUUUCACAUUAAAUUACAACAUACAGUAACUAAUUAUAAGGCGCAGUAGAUGAAGUUGAAAACUUUAAAAAUUGUAAAAUUGAUUAAUCAAGGUAAUCAUAAUAAGGUCAAUAAUGAAUUUCCGAAAAUGAUAAUAACAAUAUACAGUGGCCAGAAAGUUUUCAUACAUGGAUUGGUUAAAAAAUUAAAAAAAUCAAUAAAACCCUAAAGAACUA